UCUCGCUCCAAACCUUCAGCGCGCACCAGUCUGCGCUGCGCCACUUCCCUCUCGACUUCACUCCCGGUGACUGCUUCUUCUUUCUUUCUCCUUCUUUUAUGAUUUUUUUUUCAUGACAUCGCUUCUUUUAUUUGCUUUCAGUGGAUGGGAUGCUACUGGCUAUUAUUCCCCCUCCCCAACUAAACAUUUUACCUCCCCCGAAGGAGACGUUUUGGAUGACUUGCUGGAUUGGAUGGAGGAAAUCGCUUUUGGAGACUUUACGCAUCGACUUGAGGGAUGAAUGUGAACUUCUUUACAGCACGUUUUUGUUGCGUUUUGCUCUUUUUUAACACGGUUUAACUUUGUCUACAGAAAAGGAGUGUGUUUGUGCCACACAUUACAAUCUUUCAGUGGAACUUUUUUUUUUAAAUCAUUUUAAACGCUUGGAGAGCGAAGUUUGAGCCGUGGGGAUUUCUUGUUUUAAUUCAAUCUGAGUGGAUAAGAUGUCUCGGGGGGCCGAACCGAACCGGCUUUGGGCUCUCUCUUUGACCUUGGUCCUGGUUCUGUGCGUCGUGUCGAGCGUGCACACAUGCCCGCACAAGUGCAGCUGCUCCGGAUCCCAUGUGGACUGUCAGGGUCUGGGGCUCAAGACGGUACCGAAGGGGAUCCCGCGUGGGGCUGAGCGUCUGGAUCUGAACAGAAACAACAUCACCCGGAUCACCAAAGUGGACUUCUCCGGCAUCAAGAACCUUCGAAUUCUUCACCUGGAGGACAACCAAAUCAGCGUCGUUGAAAGAGGAGCCUUCCAAGACCUGCGACUGCUGGAGAGACUCCGACUAAACAGGAACAGACUCACGCUGCUUCCAGAACUUCUUUUCCAGUCCAAUCCCAAACUGGGCCGACUAGACCUGAGCGAGAACCAGAUCCAGGCGGUGCCGAGGAAAGCCUUCAGAGGAAUCACCAACGUCAAAAACCUGCAACUGGACAGCAACCACAUCAGCUGCAUUGAAGAUGGGGCUUUCCGAGCACUGCGCGAUCUGGAGAUUCUCACUCUCAACAACAACAACAUCACCCUCAUCCCGCUGUCCAGCUUCAACCACAUGCCCAAGUUGCGGACACUGCGUCUCCACUCCAACAACCUUCACUGCGACUGUCACCUGUCCUGGCUCUCUGAUUGGCUGCGAGCGAGGCGCGCCCUGGCGCCUUUCACUCAGUGCAUGGCCCCCGCCCACAUGAGGGGUCUGAAUGUGCCCGACGUGCAGAAGAAAGAUUUUGUCUGCAGUGGCCCCACCCAGGUGGAGUCGCGGACAUGCGAGCCCCUGGUGGCAGUGUGCCCGCCCAGCUGCACGUGCAACAACAACAUUGUGGACUGUCGCCGCAAAAGUCUGUCCGAAAUACCCGCCAACCUCCCGGAGGGCAUCGUCGAGAUUCGUUUGGAGCAGAACUUGAUCAAAAGUGUCCCACCUGGAGCCUUUUCUUCAUACAAGAAACUCAAAAGGAUAGACUUGAGUAAGAACCAAAUUUCCGACAUCGCCGCCGAUGCCUUCAGCGGCCUCCGCUCGCUCACCUCCCUGGUCCUGUAUGGCAACAAGAUCACUGAGAUACCGAAAGGAUUGUUUGAUGGCCUGGUGUCCCUGCAGCUACUCCUCCUGAACGCCAACAAGAUCAACUGUCUCCGCGUCAACACCUUCCAGGACUUGCACAAUCUCAACCUGCUGUCACUGUAUGACAACAAGUUACAAACCAUCAGUAAAGGACUUUUCACACCACUGCGAUCCAUCAAAACUCUUCAUCUGGCUCAGAAUCCCUUUAUGUGCGACUGUCACCUCAAAUGGCUUGCCGACUUUCUGUUCGACAACCCCAUCGAGACCAGCGGGGCGCGCUGCAGCCACCCAAGAAGGCUGGCCAACAAGCGCAUCAGCCAAGUCAAGGGCAAGAAGUUUCGUUGCACAGGUCAAGAAGACUAUCGCAGCCGACUGAGCGGCGAGUGUUUCCAGGACCUUGUUUGUCCCGACAAAUGCCGCUGCGAGGGCACCAUGGUGGACUGCUCCAACCUGAAACUGACCCGCGUUCCCUCGCAUAUCCCGGAACACACUACCGACCUGAGGCUGAACGACAACGAGAUUGCUGUACUGGAGGCGACGGGGAUGUUCAAGAAGCUUCCGAACAUGAGGAAAAUCAACCUGAGCAAUAACAAGCUGCGAGAAAUCCGCGAAGGAUCUUUCGAUGGAGCGUCUGGGGUUCUGGAGCUUCUCUUGACUGGCAACAAGCUCACGGGUCUGCAGGGACGAAUGUUCAGAGGCCUCACUGGACUGAAAACUCUAAUGUUGCGGAGCAACCAGAUCAGUUGCAUUGACAACACGACAUUCACGGGCCUGAGCUCAGUGCGUCUGCUGUCGCUGUAUGACAACCGGAUCUCCAGCAUCGCCCCGGGAGCCUUUGCCACCCUACACUCCCUCUCGACAAUUAACCUCCUGUCCAACCCUUACGUGUGCGACUGUCACUUGACCUGGCUGGGUCAGUGGUUGAAGAAGACCAGAGUGGUGAGUGGAAACCCUCGCUGUCAGAGACCCGCCUUCCUCAAGGAGAUCCCCAUCCAGGACGUGGCCAACCCCGACUUCACAUGUGAUGGUGUCGAGGAUAACGGCUGUCUUCCUGCAUCUGGCUGUCCCGAUGUCUGCACAUGCUCAGACAGCGUGGUGCGAUGCAGCAACAGAGGGCUGCGCUCGCUGCCCAAGGGCAUUCCCAAGGACGCCACGGAACUUUAUCUGGAGGGUAAUAUGCUGACUUCUGUGCCCAAGGAGCUGGCGGCCCUGAAGCAUCUAUUACUGGUAGACCUGAGCAACAACAGCAUCAGCACAGUGUCGGCGUACACCUUCAGCAAUAUGACUCAACUGGCCACGCUUAUCCUCAGCUACAACCAGAUUCGCUGCAUCCCGGUCCACGCCUUCCACGGUCUCAAGUCGCUCCGCCUGCUGACUCUUCACGGGAACGACCUCUCAACUAUUCCGGACGGCGCGUUCAACCACCUCACGGCUUUGUCCCACCUGGCUUUGGGUGCCAACCCCUUGUACUGCAAUUGCGAACUACGCUGGCUCUCCCAGUGGGUGAAGGCCGGAUUCAAAGAACCUGGUAUUGCUCGCUGCACCGGACCUCCUGACAUGGCUGACAGGCUUCUGCUGACUACACCGCUCAACAAAUUCCAGUGUAAAGGUCCGGUGAAUAUCGCCCUUGUGUCAAAGUGUGCACCCUGCCUGGCGGAGCCUUGCCAAAAUAAUGGCACGUGUGUGUCCGACCCGUCUGGAUCCUACCAGUGCACCUGUCCAUUUGGAUUUAAGGGCCAGGACUGUGAAACGGCCAUUAAUGCCUGUGUUAGUUUCCCCUGCCUGAAUGGAGGGACGUGUCACCUUCAGCCGGGCUUUGAAGACCACUUCAGCUGCGUGUGCCCGCCGGGUUUCGAGGGCCAACGCUGUGAGUUGAACCCGGACGACUGCGAAGACAACGACUGCGAGAACAACGCCACCUGCGUCGACGGUGUCAACAAUUACACUUGUGUCUGUCCGCCUAACUACACAGGUGACCUUUGCGAGGAGGUUCUGGAUCCCUGUCUCCCCGAUUUUGACCCCUGUGAGCACGAUUCUAAGUGCGUCCACGUUGGUCGCAGUUACAGGUGUGAGUGUUUACCAGGCUACGUUGGCCAUUUCUGCGAGCAGGACUACAACGACUGUCUGGAGAACAAAUGCCAACAUGGCGCAGAGUGCGUGGACGCAGUCAACGGCUACACGUGCGUGUGCAAGGAGGGCUUCAGCGGCUUGUUCUGCGAGAAUCCCCCGCCCAUGAUCUUGCUGCAGACCAGCCCGUGCGAUCACAGCGAGUGCCAGAACGGCGCCCAGUGCCUGCUGGUGGCCGGCGAACCCGUCUGCCGCUGUAUGCCCGGUUUCUACGGCAACAAAUGUGACAAGAUGGCCACCGUUCACUUCCUGGGGCGGGAGGCAUAUGUGGAGCUCCCGGGCGCAAAGUUACGCCCCAAUGUUCAUAUUUCAUUGCAGGUGGCCACCGAGAAAGACAACGGUAUUUUGUUGUAUAAGGAGGAUCACGACCCCCUGGCUCUGGAACUUUACCAAGGGCACAUACGACUCAUCUAUGAUAUGGCCAGCUAUCCUCCCACGACUGUGUACAGUGUGGAGUCUGUCAACGACGGGCUUUUCCACACUGUGGAGCUGUUGAUUCAGAACCAUUCGCUCAGCCUGGUGGUGGACAACGGCGCCCCCAAGAGCCUGGGCAAGCUGGCGCGGCAACCCUCCGUUGACCACGACACGCAGCUUUACAUUGGAGGCGUACCCUACCAGGUCCUGGCCACGGGGUUUCGGCCCAGUCCGGAGCGCUCGCCUCAGUUCUUCAACGGUUGCAUUCACAAUGUCCAAAUCAACGGGGAAGCGCAGGACCUGAGCUAUAGAGCUACGGGAGGGCGACCGGUCGAGGGCAAGAACGAUGGCGUCCUGGUGGGCUGUCACUCGUGCAGCGUGUGCGCGCAGGGAACGUGCAGAGAGGGCGGAGAAAUGGGCGUCACUUGUCAGUGCCCGCCCGGACGCAGCGGGACGUUGUGCGAGCAGGCCACAGUGCCAAAUCCCUGUCAAGGCACUAGAUGUGUUCACGGCUUAUGUGUACCCAAGGGGGCGUCCUACAGCUGCAAAUGCAGCGAAGGCUACCAGGGCCAGUUCUGUGAGCAGCAGCAGGAGCCCACAGCCUGCAGGGGGCAGCGCUGCGGCCACGGCGAGUGCAGGGUGUCUGAGGGAGGGGAGCCCGUAUGCAACUGUCUGCCUGGCUAUGCCGGACCCACCUGUGAUACCGAGUUGACAUGUCAAGGCGAGAUGGUGCGAGAGCAGCUGAAGCGGCACCAAGCCAUGAGGACGUGCACAUCCACCAGCAAGAUCCCGCGCAUGGAUUGCCCCCGGUCGUGCCAGACCGUAGCACCGCCCGGCGUCUGCUGUGGCGUCAGCAAGACCCGCAGGAGGAAGGUCAUGCUCCGCUGCACGGACGGCACCUCGCACUCUGAAGAGAUAGAGACGGCACUGGAGUGCGGCUGCGCCAGGGAUUCUGUCGAGUCGAAUGCUGUCAAGAAAUCAAUUGAUUGUUUCUCCAACAGUGUCAAGGAACAACUUCUUGAAAAGAUGGCCUCAAAUAGAGAGUUUAAGGCUCUGAAACGGGAAAAUUCCAAGGUGAGCUCCAUGAUACGUACAAAGACACAGCAACUUUUGGAUGCCAAGCAUGAGCUAAUAAGGGCGGAUCGGCUCGUGGACCUGCUUCAAAAAGAGAAAAAUGACCUCAAACUAAGACUAGAAGAUCUGAGAAGAAGCCAGGCUUUCCUCAAAGAUAUUAGAGGACUCACCCAAGUAUAUCUGGACUACCGGACUGCACAUCCAAAAGAGAAAGAGACAUAUGGUACAUCCAGUGUAGCAGCUCAACUACUGGAGACCUGACAUUUUCAAGGAGCACAGGACCAGCCGAGACUGAUCAAUAACGAUCAGGAGAAAGAACUGAAGGGAGAUGGCAAAUAAUGUGCUGGGCAGUGGAGUCGUAGACCAAUACACAACUCGUGUAGGAUUCACAGAUUAUUCCUGGUUAAGUAAUGAUAAAUGCAAUAUUUUUCAAAUAUCAAGACGAAAUGUGUCUUUUCAAACUAUAGAAUGGUAGCAUAAGGUUUAUUUAUUGCAUAGAAAUCUAAUAUUAAAUGUAAAUGAGCCAAUUUUUUGUUCCAGCAACAGUCGUGGCUGUGGGCGGUUUUUUUGCCUUCAUAAAGGAAAUAAAAACUUCAAAAACGUCUCACCCUGA